AUGCCAACUGAGAUCAAAGUGAAUUUCCGAAUUUCCGCAAGUAAUAAUCAUUUUACGACGUCAGUGGCAGAAGCUCCAAUUGGUGAUAGAGAUCUCAUUUAUUUGACAGAUCCCUACAUUACAGACUCAUUCUCGGAAAUAGAGCCCGCUUAUUUAGAUUUCCAUCUUGGUUCAACCUCUGAUGCCCCAGUGAGCUUAGAAGAUGCUAUAUUCCAUUUAAAUGAAUUCGAACCAAGCCAAGACCCAUUCUUACAAAUUGAUUCAACCUUUGAUGCUCCAGCGGGCUUAGAAAAUAUUAUACACAAAAGAAAAUUUGAACUAUGGCAAGGUGACUCCACAGACCCAUCUUCGCAAGUUGAUUCAACCUCUGAUGCUCCAGUGAGCUUAGAUGAUAUUACACAAUUCGAACCAUGGCAAGGUAAUUCUCUCAUGACCUGCAACUUUUUUGAAGAACCAUUGAUGUUUAUUUACAAGAUUGUUCAGAUAUAG